UAUGUGACAGUGUCUCCAGCCAUGAGCAGCACCGAUAUCAGGACUGCGCCAUUAUGCCAAAGGAUAGCGUAUAACCGAGGAAACGAGGCAGAGCACCGCAGAGAAUAUUCAAGUUUGUGUGGAUUAUUACAGCACCAGGACACCAGUGGCUUGCUUCGUUUAAGUACGUCCAUGAUCGGGGGGGCGAGCAAGCUCGGCAAAGAUGGAAAAACCUGGUGGAGGCAGGAGGUGUCGACUUCCCAGCAUCACCUGAAGAACUGGAAGGUGAUGCUGUGGGUGAUGGUGUCAUUGCUAACACUAGUAAAAGAUGUGUUUUCUGAGGAGGACAAUAAAGAGGCUCAUCCAGACCUCCAGCGUGUCCAAAGGCAGCCCUCCUUGUCUCCUGCUGAAGAUCUGGAACAGGACAGCAGUGUUCACACACCCUGGCCUCAAGCCCUUGAAGAGUGGUCAAUGAUGCAGGAUGAGGAAAUCCAGCAGAGCAGAUGGCGGCGCUCCCCUCCUGUCUCCAGCUUGCCCAGAACCUCAAGGAGGAGCCGCAAGAAGACCAAGAGCAUCCACGAUUGCCACUUGGAAAGGAAAGAGAUACGGGUGCGAGAUCUUGAUCUCGGUUACGACUCAGAUGAAAUAGUCCUCUUUAAGUACUGUGUUGGGACCUGCCACAGCUCCCGCAAGAACUACGACCUGGCACUCAAGGUUCUGAUGGACAAGGGGAGCGUCUCCGGCAAGAUGGUCAGCAGUCACCCCUGCUGUCGGCCUACCUGCUAUGAGACUGUGUCCUUCAUGGACACCCAGACUACCUGGCAGACAAUUAGGUGGCUCUCGGCGGCCAACUGCAGCUGUGUGGGCUGAUUGCAAAGUCUGUCUAUCUGCAUUAUGCAAACACAGAAACACUGAGUGAAAACUUGUGGGAAAGAACUGGAUGCAGCAAAGGCCUGUUCUCAAUAGUUUGGUAGUGUGAUCUGAAGCAUGGGCCUUGGACAGGAUCCACAGUACAGUGGCUAUGGCCUUCCAUCCGCUAAUAGCUUGACUGUUAAUGGAGGAUACCUUCAGAUAGAAGCAUAUGGCACAAGCAGGCUAUCUGGAUGUUUGCCAGCAGCCUGGGGCAGUGAAAGGUUUGUUUUAAUGCCUCCAGCAAUGUGCACAGAGGAGGUCAUUAUCUGUACAGUCCAUAAUGGAUAAUAUUUUGUGUCCGUCAUUCACGCUAUUGAAGGCUUAUGGGUGAUGACCCUCUGGCAACGAUGUUGGAGGUCCUUAGGUCUUUGGCAUAAGAAGCUCUGAUUAGCUAAUCAUGUCAAAAUGGCUCUUUUGCCAGUUAAGGUUGC